AUGCAUUCCCCCCCCAUAGUUGGCCUCCUCGGGGGUGGGCAGCUGGGUAGGAUGCUCAUGGAAUCUGCAAACCGACUCAAUAUCCGAAUGAACGUGCUCGAUACCGAGAAUGCCCCGGCGAAGCAAAUCAGCGCACAUGAUGGUCACGUUACUGGAUCUUUCAAGGACCGGGCAUCUUUACGAAAACUUGCAGAGACGUGUGAUAUUCUCACAGCUGAAAUUGAGCAUGUCGAUACCUAUGGCCUCGAGGAGGUCUCGUCGAAGGUCAAGGUCGAGCCGAGCUGGAAGGCCAUCCGGAUCAUCCAAGACAAGUUCCACCAGAAGGAGUACUUGUCAAAAUUCAAUAUCCCAAUGGCUGAGUAUCGUGAGCUCCAUAAGAACAGUGCGGAAGAACUCAAGGCGAUCGGAGAGGAGCUUGGUUUCCCCCUGAUGCUCAAAUCCAAGACCCAGGCAUAUGACGGUCGAGGAAAUUACAGUGUCAAGUCCCAGGCAGACAUACCAGCAGCGCUGGAAGCCCUGAAUGGGAGACCACUGUAUGCAGAAAAAUGGGCACAUUUCAAGAUGGAACUGGCUGUUAUGGUUGUGAAAACCAAGGAUGGGGUUCUGUCCUAUCCCACUGUUGAGACCGUCCAAGAAAAUUCCAUAUGCAAACUGGUCUACGCGCCAGCACGGAAUAUCUCGGAUACAAUCAACAGGAAGGCCCAGGAGCUUGCAAGAAAUGCGGUAGCGGCCUUUGAAGGAAAGGGUGUCUUUGGGGUCGAGAUGUUUCUUUUGGAAGAUGACAGCCUCCUCUUAUGUGAGCUGGCAAGCCGAAUUCACAAUUCGGGACAUUACACCAUCGAAGCCUGCGCUCUCUCCCAAUUCGAUACUCACUUGCGAGCAAUUCUCGACCUCCCCAUCCCUCCCCAGAGCCUUGAAAUCCGGGAACCAGCAAUCAUGCUCAACAUCUUAGGCGGCUCCGCACCCGAUUCCCAUCUCAAAAUAGCAGAACGUGCUCUCUCGAUACCAAACGCUAGUAUCCACCUCUACAGCAAAGGCGACGCGCGACCCGGCCGGAAAAUGGGACACGUCACCGUUACCGCGUCCACAAUCCAGGAAGCCGAAGCCAUCAUCCAGCCGCUCAUCGACUUCGUAGACGGGACGCAACGUGCUAACACCCAGACAUCCAAACCUCGGCCUAAUAUCGGGGUUGUGAUGGGCUCCGACAGUGACCUCAAGACCCUGGUUCCCGGACUCAAGCUUCUCAAAGAUUACUUCGGCAUCGACCCUGAGGUUGAGAUCACCUCCGCCCACCGCACACCUACCUACAUGGCUGAGUAUGCGUCCAGCGCUGCGUCCCGCGGCAUCAAAGUCAUCAUCGCCGCGGCUGGCGGCGCCGCACAUCUGCCCGGAAUGGCGGCCGCUCACACCUCACUUCCCGUCAUCGGGGUCCCAGUUAAGGGGAGCUCGCUGGAUGGCGUCGAUAGUUUAUACAGCAUUGUUCAGAUGCCACGAGGCGUACCAGUCGCAACAGUAGGCAUCAACAACAGUAUCAACGCGGCAUUACUCGCAGCGAGGAUCCUGGGUGCUUUUGACGCACGCGUGCAACGAAAGGUAGAGGAAUACGCGCAGAGCGCUAAAGAAGAGAACCUAGACAUCAAGGGCGUCAAGCUGAGAGAGAUUGGGUGGGAAGCGUACCAUGAGGAGAUGCAGAAGCGGUGA